CAUUCAACAACAACAAUAUAGUUACUCCUAUAUCGUGGAGAUAGAAAGACCGUCUCCAAACCCAUACAAUUCGAGAUAUAUUUAUUCCCACUACUCAUGAAGAGUAGUCAUCAUUUUUCUUCAAGCUAAAGAAGAGAAUAGAUCCAACAUGUCAAAUUGGCAACUUUCUUCAUCAGAUAGUAGAAAUAGUACUUAUAGUGAGAAAUCCCAUUUGAUGAAGACUUGUAACUUGUUGAGUCAAUAUUUCAAUGGAAAAGCAAGCCUCAAAGAUCUGAAUCUUAUAAUCAGUAGCAAAGGAGAAGUCACAGCAACCAAGGAUUUGUUGACCAACAUGGAAGAAUCAUCAACUAAGAGAACAGAGAAAGACCAGAAAUUAUUAGAUCUUGUUCCUAAAAGUGCCACAACAAAUUCUUUUAGUGAAAUGGAGGCGUCCAUAGCCAGCAACAGAAAAGAGAUACUACCAAAUAAGGCAGCCCAAUUGUCUAUAUUCUAUGGGGGUAAAGUGGUGGUUUUUGAUGAUUUCCCAGCUGAGAAAGCCAGAGCAGUGAUGUUAUUAGCUAGCAAAGGAACCUCUCAGAACUCUUGUGCCAUUUUUCAGACCACCACCAUUGAGACUAAUGGAGCCAACAACUUUGAUUUACCUAUUGCAAGAAGAUCUUCACUUUAUAGGUUCCUUGAGAAGAGGAAAGAUAGGGACACAGAUAGAGCGCCAUACCAAAUGCAUAAUCCAUUGUCAUCAUCUUCAAGGACUCGUGAAGAACAUUUUGAUCUCAACUUCUAGUUAUAUAAUCAACUCUUCGAUCGAAAAAAUUUAGUAACUAGGACAACUUGAUAUAAGGAGUACGUUAUCUAUUGUAAUAAGUCGAUUUUAUUUGAUAAUAUAAGAAAAUGUAUCUAUUAUUAGUGUACAAAACUUGAACUCCAUUUCUGUCGAUGUGUAAUUCUCAAUGUUGCUUUCCAUUGUCACUCUAUA